AUGCAGGCACCCGAUUGGUGGCGCGACACAGUCGUAUACCAAAUCUAUCCUGUGUCAUUCAAAGACACUACUGGGAAUGGAAAAGGCGACCUCAAUGGCAUCACGUCCAAGUUACUGUAUCUCAAGGAUCUCGGUGUUGAAGUAGUAUGGCUAUCUCCAGUAUAUGCAUCACCAAUGGUUGAUAUGGGAUACGACAUCUCCAACUAUCGAGAGAUACAUCCGGACUUUGGCUCUAUGGCAGACUGGGAGCGCAUGGUGGAAGAAGCCCAUCGGAUAGGAUUAAAGGUCGUCAUGGAUCUAGUCGUCAACCAUACCUCAGAUCAGCAUGAAUGGUUUCAGGAUGCCAAAAAUGGGGGUUCAAAAAAAGAUUGGUAUAUAUGGCGGGGGAAGAACAAAGAAGGAAAGGAGCCCAACAAUUGGGGCGCCAUCUUCGGUGGCUCAUGCUGGGAAUGGAACGACAAAGUGCAGGAGUACUAUCUUCAUGUCUUCGACGUCUCGCAACCUGACCUCAACUGGGAAAACCCUGUGGUCCGAGAGGCUGUAUGGGACGUCAUGCGCUUUUGGCUAGAUAAAGGCUGCGAUGGGUUCAGAAUGGAUGUCAUCAACUGCAUCUCCAAGACACCGGGGUUUCCAGAUGCACCCGUCACUGAUCCUCAAAAUCCUUAUCAAUACGGCUUAAUCCAUCGUUUCAACGGACCAAAAGUAGCAGACUAUUUACUUGAGAUGCACGAAAAGGUCCUUCGAUACUAUCCCAAUGCGUUCACGGUUGGAGAGGCGCCAGGAGUCAAGAGCGCAGAGCAAGCACUGCCACUGGUUAAAAACGGCGUUCCUCUUCAGAUGCUCUUCCACUUUGAACACAUGUACAUCGAUCACCAGCCUGGCAAAACGUGCUUCAACUACAAGCCAUGGAAACUCACUGAAUUGAAGGAUGUUCUCGGAAGGUUUAUGGAGUUCAAUCAAGCUAAUGGUGGGUGGGAUGGCCUGUACUUGGAGAAUCAUGAUCAGCCACGGAUUGUUAGUCGAUGGGCAAAUGACGGCUUAUAUCGCGAUGUAUCUGCCAAGAUGUUGGCGCUCUUCCACGCCACAGGUAGAGGCACCCUGUUUCUCUACCAAGGGCAAGAAAUCGGCAUGGCCAAUCCGGCCUCUUGGGAUUUCGAUGAGCUCCGAGAUUUGGAGGAAAUACAGUAUUAUGAAGCUGUUCAGGCUAAGAAUGGAGAUAUCCAAGAUGCUCUGAAGCAAAUCCAGCGAAUUGGACGAGACAACUCACGGACACCGAUGCAGUGGAAUGCGCAUACGAACGCAGGGUUUACUUCCGGCACGCCUUGGAUCAAAGUGAACCAAGACUACAAAGAAUGGAAUGUUGAAACACAAUCGACAAGCUCUGGUAUGAGCGUGCUCAAAUUCUGGAAGCUUGUGCUCAAGACCAGAAAAGAGCACCCUGGCCUAAUUCGUGGCAAAUUUGAAAUGGUCGACUAUGAGAACGAGAACGUCUACGCCUACACUAGGACAGACGCUGCAGGACAAUACCUAAUUGUUUGUUCGUUUUCUGAAAAGCAAGUGGAAUGGAAGUGUCCAGUAGCUCGUGGCAGCUUAUUGCUUGGGAACUACGUGGAGAAAGAUAGCGAGACGGGGGAUUUAUUGAUUUUGCAGCCGUACGAAGGGCGAGUGUAUUGUCUGCCGACAAAUUAG